AAAACAGUGUUCGGCUUCGCCUUGUCGACAAGGACGCAUCUGUCAUAUUCGCCAGUGUCUUCCUACUAAGAAAAUGGGAGCACGUGAUAUGGUUUGACCAGGAUGGACAGGAUUAGAUAUUAAAGAGUAUAUAAUUAGUAACUUUAAUAUGUAAUACUUUUAUCAAGGAAAUACCUGCACAUCAAAGGAAUGAGGUAUGGUCCUUUUUUUUGAUUGGAGACCUACAUAAGAUGUAUCACUAACUCUGUCUAAAUUCAGUAAACAUACUGUAAUGUAAAUAUUAAUUGUAACAACACGAUGAAUUUAAUCAAGGAAUCCAGGAACAUGUAAUUGGAUUACACUUUCUAUAAAAGGAUUACAUGAAGAAUUUCUUAGAUUAUCAACCAUGUCAAAAUCCAACACCAAAGUGAGAAGACUGGGUGCUAUUAGACAGUCCUUAAAGACUCCGGGAAAGGAUGAUAUUCCCAAGUUAUCCUCAUUCCAUCCCCCACCCUUGCCUGGAUCAGGGGAUGGUAAGGGUAAUAUGGUAGGGAUCACAGGAAAUGCAUUGGCUGUCCCACCCCAGAGGGGAAAAAACGCAGCAAGGGAGAAGGAAACAAAACCAAGUAGUGUCAGUGUCAAAUCAGAUUCUGGAAAAUCUGACUCAGCAUCAAGUACCAAGUCACAGGAACUCACAGAUAAAAAGGAAAUACAAGAACUCAAGGCAAGGGAGCGAGACCUCCUAAGACAAAUCAGCUCUCUACAAAAACAAGUGGAGGACCUACAAGAACAAAUACGCAACAAAGAAGUGGAAGUGGUUACUUUACAGGACCAGAUUCUGAGACAGGAGGAAUCACACAAGGCAGCACUGUUGGAGGAGAAAAAAUCACAUGAUACAACACGCUCAGAUAGGGACCGCCUACUGAAGGAAAUUGAAGCCCUCAGAGCAGAGAUCAAGGCUAUCCGUGAGGAAAAUGUUAAAAAGAUGGAGGAAUUGAAGAAAGAGUUGGAAGAAAAACACGCAUCAGAAAUUGCUGAGAAAGAUAAAGAAAUCAAGCUCCGAGAUGAAAAAUUGAAUCGGUUGAAGAUGCAGAUGGCAGAUGCUUUAAAAGGAAAUUCUUGGGAGCGGCAGCAACAGCUGGAGGAGUUAACCAAAGAGCUUGGCCGUCUUCAGGAGGAAGCUGACGGUCUGAGAAUGAAACUCAAAUCAUUCAAAACACUCAAGAACAACCAAGCAGGCCAGUGUGGGAAUUGUCAGGAAUCUCUGAGCAAGGUCGAAAAGUUUCAGCUUGCAGUAAAGGAACGUGACGCAACCAUCAAAGAUCUCAAGUCUUUGGUGACAAAAUUUGAAAAACAACUGACGCAGCAAGAUGAACUAUUAAAAUCGUGGGCAGAGUCCACAGGUCAAAAAAUACCUGGUUACCCAGGCAAAUAGAGUUGAAAUGUGUGCUAUAUUAUUAUGGAUGGUUUCGGGUACACUUGAAGCUUGAUUUACUUGGCCUAAAUCCAGUUAGUUUUAUGUUAUCUGUGAUAGCUAGGAUUUUUUCAAUCUAAUUGUUGUAAAAUAACUUUUUAUUUGUAGAGUCUAAACAUGUAAUCCAGUCACUGCUAAUCUAGAUCUUCUGUCGUCUAGCCUUGGCAAUCAAGCUCCUCUGCCUACCAUUUUAUAGUUGUCUGAAUAUCCAGUCUCACCAAUCCAGUCACUACUGAUCAGUAAGUCCACUUCUCAAGCCCUGUCAAUCCAGUGACUACUGUUCUGGUGGUCCACUUCUCAAGCCCUGUCAAUCCAGUCACUACUGAUCAGCAAGUCCACUUCUCAAGCCCUGUCAGUCCAGUCACUACUGUUCUGGUGGCCCACUUCUCAAGCUUUAUCAAUCCAGUCACUAAUGUCUGCAGGUCCACUUCUCAAACUUUAUCAAUCCAGUCACUACUGUUCUGGUGGUCCACUUCCCUAGGCUGGUCAAUCCAGUCACUACUGUUCAGGAGGUCCACUUCUCAAGCUUUAUCAAUCCAGUCACUACUGUUCUGGAGGUUCACGUCUCUAAGCUGGUCAAUGCAGUCACUACUGUUCAGGAGGUCCACUUCUCAAGCUUUGUCACUCCAGUCACUACUGUUCAGGAGGUCCACUUCUCAAGCUUUGUCAAUCCAGUCACUAGUGCUCUGGAGGUCCACUUCACAAGCUUUAUCAAUCAUGUCACUACUGUUCAGGAGGUCCACUUCUCAAGCUUGAUCAAUCCAGUCACUACUGUUCAGGAGGUCCACUUCUCUAGCUUUGUCAAUCCAGUCACUACUGUUCAGGAGGUCCACUUCUCAAGCUUUGUCAAUCCAGUCACUACUGUUCAGGAGGUCCACUUCUCUAGCUUUGUCAAUCCAGUCACUACUGUUCAGGAGGUCCACUUCUCAAGCUUGAUCAAUCCAGUCACUACUGUUCAGGAGGUCCACUUCUCAAGCUUGAUCAAUCCAGUCACUACUGUUCUGGUGGUCCACUUCUCUAAGCUGGUCAAUCCAGUCACUACUGUUCUGGAGGUCCACUUCUCAAGCUUUGUCACUCCAGUCACUACUGUUCUGGUGGUCCACUUCUCUAAGCUGGUCAAUCCAGUCACUACUGUCAGUAAGUCCACUUCUCUAAGCUGGUCAAUCCAGUCACUACUGUUCUGGUGGUCCACUUCUCAAACCCUGUCACUCCAGUCACUACUGUUCAGGAGGUCCACUUCUCAAGCCCUGUUACUCCAGUCACUACUGUUCAGGAGGUCCACUUCUCAAGCUUUAUCAAUCCAGUCACUAUACUGUUCUGGAGGUUCACUUCUCUAAGCUGGUCAAUCCAGUCACUACUGUCAGUAAGUCCACUUCUCAAGCCCUGUCAAUCCAGUCACUACUGUUCUGGUGGUCCACUUCUCUAAGCUGGUCAAUCCAGUCACUACUGUUCUGGAGGUCCACUUCUCAAGCUUUGUCAAUCCAGUCACUACUGUUCAGGAGGUCCACUUCUCUAGGCUGGUCAAUCCCGUCACUACUGUUCUGGAGGUCCACUUCUCAAGCCCUGUCACUCCAGUCACUACUGUUCAGGAGGUCCACUUCGCAAGCUUUGUCAAUCCAGUCACUACUGUUCAGGAGGUCCACUUCUUAAGCUUUGUCAAUCCAGUCACUACUGUUCAGGCGGUCCACUUUUCAAGCCCUGUCACUCCAGUCACUACUGUUCAGGAGGUCCACUUCUCAAGCUUUGUCAAUCCAGUCACUACUGUUCAGGAGGUCCACUUCUCAAGCUUUAUCAAUCCAGUCACUACUGUUCUGGAGGUCCACUUCUCAAGCCCUGUCAAUCCAGUCACUACUGUUCUGGAGGUCCACUUCUCAAGCCCUGUCAAUCCAGUCACAACUAUUCAGGAGGUCCACUUCGCCAGCCUUGUUAAUAGGUUAAGUCCAGUAAGUACUACUGACUGGGUCAAUCAGACAGAAGUGUAUUUAGUCUUUUUGUUUCUCUACAGUUUGUAAAUCAUUCAAUACACUAAAAGGAAUCUAAUGGCAGUUAGAUUUUGCCAUUGGCUAAUUUAAGUAUUAUGUAGUAAAUAUAGAUAGAUAACUUAUAUUGUGUAACGUAGAUAAUUUAUUUAUGAUAUUAUCCUUAUUACCUUAGAGAGUUUAUAUAUGGUAAGUGAUGUUUUAUUGGUCUCCAGUAUUUCAAUGAAUACAUUUAUGUUGAUGAAUUGAUAAAAAGCAUAAUUCGUUUAUUUUCAUAGAAUUUUCCAACCACUUAAAGAGCAUUUUUAUUGAAAACGAUCAUUCAGUGUGUAUUUGCACUGGAAAAAAUGAUGAUAACUAAACUCAAUGAACUUUGUUAAGUUUAUCCUCCCAUUGUCCCUACUCUGUUGUGUUCUGCUGUCAUGUCCUGCCCUAAAUUAACUCAUGGUUUGAAAGUUAAAGUAAAAUAAGAAUGAGAUUCGUGAAAAAGUAUUGUAAUCACUAUAGAGAAAGUCUUCAUUUCACAAAACAAAAAUCCCUAAAACAUCGUCAACAUUUUGGAUGAGCUGAAAAAUAGUUGUGAUAUGUUUAUCAUAUAUAUGGAUCCAUUAAUUGGUGCAUGUUGGAAAGGGAAUAACUACUGUUUUGAUACCUACUCAAGACAACGGAGAAAUCAGCAAAUAUUAAUGUAAUGAAUAGUGUUGAAGUAAUAAUAAGUAAUAUCUAGUGUAACAUUAUUGACGGUCGUCAUCUGAGGGAUCGACAAAACAAGUAAAAUACUGACAGACAAGGGGAGAUAACCUUUCUUCUGCUGAUGUUAGUCUGACACACUACUUCUACACCAUCCAUUAGAUCAGCCUACAGACCACUAUACCAGCAUUUAAUUGAAGGUGUUUUUAAUGAUCGUGGAUUUAAAGGUCUUGACAUCGUUAUAUCAUACUUUAAAUGUUUGACAUUAUCAGUAGCGACAUUCUGAUUUGGAGAGAAAUAUUUACCGAAUAUAUCUGGUUGAAAUGUUCCUCCGAUUCUUUUUGUAUGUUUUUAUUUCGUGUUUAGCAGAACUUUCCAUAAGAUGUUCCACUUGACCGAAAUGGAUUUUCAUCAAAUUUAGGUAUAAAUAAAGGGUCUAUUCGACUAUGUUCAACUCUAGGAUAUUCUUAGAAUUUUGCUUGAACUAUGAAGUUAUGAAUUUUAUAUAUAUCCAUCUUUGUUAUAUAUACGUCUAUAUACAUCUCAUUGGUAUACCCAUAUACAUAUACCAACAACUGUGAUUUAAAAGAAACUAUGGAAAAUAAAGUUAGAAUAUGCUGCUUUAAAAAAAAAAACAAAAAAAAACC